AAUGCUGAAAAAAAGCGGAGGAGGGUUUUGGCCCCGGGACUCGUCCACCUUCGGUACUGUCACUUUGCGACUUGCAUGCGUCUCGUAUCGUAGCGUGUGCUGACGAUCUGUCCGUCGGCCGCUCGACCUGCCAUCCUCGCCCCGAAUUGCGCUGUAUUAUCGUUCUUGGAGCACGGCGGGUGCAGGAAAUGUGUGCGUUCUUUCCCGUCGCUCGACAUCGGGUUUUGUGACUUCAACAGGAAAAGGUGGAGCGGGUGCUCAAGUUUCUGACCGGGUGCCAGUUUACUAAGCAAAGCUGCAAUCAUGUUUUGCGCUAUCUCAGGGGUAACUCCGGAGGAACCUGUGGUGUCAAGAAGGACUGGUCUUCUCUACGAGCGGAGGCUAAUAGAAAAGCAUCUUGCGGAAAAUGGGACUUGUCCAGUUACUGGGGAAAGUCUCCCAGCCGAUGACCUUAUUUCCGUGAAGACAAACAAGGCCGUCAAACCGAGGCCACUACAGGCGGCGAGUAUACCUGGAAUGCUCGGCCUCUUUCAAAAUGAGUGGGACGCGUUGAUGCUAUCCAACUAUGCACUCGAACAACAAUUACAUACUGCUCGUCAAGAAUUGAGUCACGCGCUCUAUCAGCAUGAUGCAGCGUGCAGAGUGAUUGCGCGACUGAAGAAGGAGAGGGAUGAAGCCAGGCAAAGAUUAGUACAGGCAGCGAGACAAGUACCCUCAACAGAAUUGGCUACACCAACUGCCGCUUCUGCGAAUGGCAAGAGAGCACCAGAAGCUGAAGCUGAACCAGCUGCUCCGGGCAAGAAAGCAAGACAGGGCAUUACCCCGGAAAUUAUUAAGGAGCUUACCGACUGCAAUGCUCGUCUUUCAGGCCAACGUAAAAAGCGCCAGAAUUCUCAAACACUUGCCACUGCCGAGGCUUUUGAGAAGUACACGCAAGUGGCCAGCCAUCCACUUCAUAAAACUGUGAAGCCGGGAAUAUGCUCCACCGACAUUCAUCCCACCAAGGAUUUCAUUUUGACUGGUGGCGUUGACUCCACGGCAAUCGUCUUCAACAAGGCCUCCGGGGAAAUUGUAUCGACCCUUGCAGGGCAUAGCAAGCGGGUGACCAGUGUAAAAUUUGUGCCACGUGAUGAGCUUGUUCUCACUGGCUCUGCUGACAAGACUGUACGAAUAUGGCAAGGUCAAGAAGAUGGGUCCUAUAACUGCAAGCACGUCUUGAAGGACCACUCCGCAGAGGUUAGAGCAGUAACUCUACACGCAACACACAACUACUUUGUCACCGCGUCACUCGACAAAACAUGGGGCUUUUACGAUCUCAGUACAGGUUUAUGCUUGACUCAGGUCAAUGAAGCUACCGUGCAAGACGGAUUCACAUCUGCUGCCUUCCAUCCCGAUGGUCUUAUUUUGGGAACCGGAACGGCAGAAUCACUUGUUCGCAUUUGGGACGUGAAGACACAGGCCAACGUCGCGAAGUUCGAAGGUCACACUGGACCCGUCACGGAUAUCUCGUUUUCCGAAAAUGGUUACUUUCUCGCAACUGCCGCUAGCGACGGAGUAAAGCUUUGGGAUUUACGAAAGCUGAAAAAUUUUCGCUCAUUUGCUCCUUAUGAUGCAGCCACUCCAACCAACACAGUGGAGUUCGACUAUAGUGGAAGCUACUUAGCUGUGGGUGGAUCAGAUAUCAGGAUAUACCAAGUUGCCAGUGUGAAACAAGAGUGGAAUACUGUCAAGGUUUUCCCUGAUCUUUCGGGGACAGGUAAGGUAACAUCUGUACGCUUUGGACCUGAUGCAUCCUAUUUAGCGGUGGCCACCAUGGAUCGCCAACUCCGCAUACUGGGUGCUCCGACAUCAGGGUUAGAAACAUCAGCAGGAACGCCUUAGGUAUCUAUUCGAAAUGUAUGGCACUUCCUGCCUCGGGUCUGAACAGAGAAGUAGACGCCGUGAAUGCCUGAUUUACGUCAGAUGCACAAAGUUUCAAACGAGUAUUCUCGCGUGCCUGAAAGUCAAGACACCGCUGAUCCGAGAAUGUACUUUACCAUGAAGUCGGGAUCAGAUGUCCAAGGUACCUCAUGCCUUUGGAAGCAUGCAGGAUGUUGGAGCCUUGAUGAUGUAAUUCUAUGUUCGUAAGUUGAACCAUUUUGAAUGGUGAGAGUAGGAGUUGCCCGCGUUUACUCUGCUUAGGGCUGUAAUUUGGUAGAUGUAAUUUACCGUUGUCAUUUUACUGAUUACGUUCUUGGUAGGGGUUCAAAGUUAGAACCGGGCACGUAGAGUUUCAUAGGUGAGGAGCAGUUGUUCUUCCAAGAGUUACACACCAUUGCUCGAUUUUGGCUCUAGUUGAUCUUUAGGACGUUAGAAAGUUGAAGUGAGUUUGACCCCAGAUCAUGUUACGGUCAGUGCGAUUGACCGGGAAAGCAAAUUCUGUAAUGACCAACGUGGAAGCUUUUGUGACUUCCACUCACACUUUUGUAUCAAGUUGUUUCAUGUGUGUUUUCAUCCACUGCGAUGCCACAUGAGGCUAGCGGAG